CCUUUUCUGCCGAAGCUGGUGAUAGCGAGCUGUGGUCACAGCUUCGCGGGCUCUUCACACGUACAUAAAAUUAUAAUUGUACCGGCUCAAGUGUAUCGUCUCAAUCUUAUGAGGUGGUGUAUGAUGAAGGUCGCCUUAGUCACCAUCGCACAUGUUGUCUUGAUAAUAAUUAUGGAAUUGGAGCUUGCUAAACCAAGGGUCUACAUGGGCAGAGCACAGGAAGACUGGUCUAGACUUGCAGGGUGGCGAGGAAAACGCACGUUGACAGAGCAAACUAUGCCACAAACUGAAGUUAAAGAACAGAGGGGACCAACACGUCUUAUUGGAAAACCUGGGGGAUAUUAUGUGGGCAAUGAACCCAGAUGGAAGCAGUGGCUGCAAAACAGAAGGAAACAAAGGAGACCAGGGGUCUACAUGGGCAGAGCACAGGAAGACUGGUCUAGACUUGCAGGGUGGGGAGGAAAACGCACGUUGACAGAGCAAACUAUGCCACAGGCUGAAGUGAAAGAACAGAGGCGGCAUGAAACACUCAGGAUCACAUAUCAAACUACGACCCAGCCUUCGGCGAAACCUUCGAGGGGACCAACACGUCUUAUUGGAAAACCUGGGGGAUAUUACGUGGGCAAUCAACCCAGAUGGAAACAAUGGCAAAGAAGGAAGCAAAGGAGACCAGGGCAGCGGAUCAGCCAGAUGCCAACAAGUCCUGCAGGAAACCACAGUGAAACAGGGAUGGAGGGCAAUGAAAACAUGCUGCCAGAAGCCGGGACACUGCACAAUGGAAGUGUAGCAAUGGGUUCCGGAGGCACGAACAACAUGGAAAUGACGGGCGGAAUGGGUGGAUACGGCAGAAUGAUGGACCCAGUGAGCGCGGGAAUGAUGGGAAUGGGAAGUAUGGGAAUGGGAAUGGGCUAUGGCAUGACUAUGGGCAUGGGAAUGGGAUUAACUGCAAUGAUGGCACCUGCGAUAAUACGCCAAGCAACCACUUCGCUUGGUAAUACAGCUACCGGAAUAACGAAGGCAGUCAUCGCAGCGCAAAAACUUCAUGCUUUGGAUUCCAAAAGAGCGAAACGUUCUAAAAGGAAAGAUUCUGAAGACAUGAAGGAUUCAAAAGGUGGGAAUGAAGAUACUGACAAAAAAUCAACUUCGAAGUCUGGUAAUUCGGGUACCGACGACGGAAAGAAUGAAGAUAGUAAGAAAGAAGACGAGAAAAAGAAGGGCGAGGAGUCCGAAAACGGCAAUUCAACGGCGGCUAAUAAAGAAGAAGAGUCACGGACUAAGCCGAAAUAGAAGAGGUGCGGAUGAUAAAAUUGAAGGAUAAUCAAGCGUUUGAGACUACGUUAUCACAAACUUCUCGAACAUAUUUCUUCUGUGUGGUUAUGAAGAUAUUACGAACAGCUUCCUUGCUCCAGAAUCACUCCGAAAAUUUCCGAAAGAUGUGCCGCCGAAAUAAACGAGCAUUUCGUUGUGCGCAGUCUUUUAUUUAUAAAAUAAGCUUAUGAAGAAACUGUUUUAGCGCGAUAGCGUUAGAGAUUUCGUUUCGCAGAAAUUCCGGUGUCAGCGUCGGUGUCGUUGCUUGUGAGCCAAAAAUCAUCAUCUUGUCCGUGACCGAAAAAUCGAGAC